GGAGCGGUUAAAGUUCCGUGGGUGGUUUUAAUAAAUAAAAACAGGUUCCAAGUGAUGCGUAUGCAGGUCACAUGCUGAGCUGCUUGUCUCGGUCGUGGACUCGGUGAGACUUAAGCCGCUGUGUGACUGCGACACUAAGAUGAGUGAGGGACUUUUCCUGCUUGUGUGUUUCUUUGCUUUCCCUGUGGUUGUUGUUGCUCAGCAGCCAAACAUAGUCUUAAUCCUCGCCGACGAUUACGGCUGGAACGAUGUGGGAUACCACGGGUCAGAAAUCAACACUCCUAACCUGGACAAAAUAUCAGCCAGUGGGGUCCGUCUGGAGAACUACUACGUCCAGCCCAUCUGCACCCCCUCCCGCAACCAGCUCAUGACCGGGAGGUACCAGAUUCACACAGGUAUGCAACACGGGAUUAUCUGGCCCUGUCAGCCCUACUGUGUACCUCUGGAUGAGAAGUUCCUGCCCCAGUAUCUGAAGGAGUCUGGCUAUGCUACACAUAUGGUGGGCAAGUGGCACCUGGGCAUGUACAAGAAGGACUGUCUGCCCACCCGCCGGGGCUUUGAUACAUACUUUGGCUACCUGGCAGGCAGCGAGGACUACUACAGUCAUACAUCCUGUGCUUCCGACUAUGGUUUAAAUGAGAGUUUCUGUGCCUUGGACCUGAGGGAUGGAGAAGAGGUCGCUACUACAUACAAAGGACAAUAUUCAACGGAGCUGUUCAGCCAAAAGGCCAUCAGCGUCAUCCAAAACCACAACUCCAACAAGCCGCUCUUCCUCUACGUGGCACUGCAGGCGGUCCAUUCUCCCAUGCAGGUGCCAGAGCGAUACAUGAAACCUUACCAGUUCAUCAAAGACAAUUAUCGCAGGAUCUACGCUGGCAUGGUGUCAGCUAUGGACCAAGCUGUGGGCAACAUCACCCAGGCUUUGUAUGAGGCUGGACUCUGGGACAACACGGUGCUUGUGUUCUCGACAGAUAACGGGGGUCAAACAAUGUCUGGUGCCAGCAACUGGCCACUGCGAGGCCGGAAAGGGACCCUGUGGGAAGGCGGGGUCCGUGGCGUGGGAUUUGUCGCCAGCCCGCUACUGAAACAACUCGGAACUGUCAGCGACAAACUCAUCCACAUCUCUGAUUGGCUGCCUACAUUUGUUGGCCUGGCAGGAGGGAGCAUCAACACCACAAAGCCCCUGGAUGGAUUCGACGUGUGGAAAGCGAUCAGCUAUGGGCUUCCCUCACCCAGACAGGAGCUGCUGCACAACAUCGACCCUAUGUUUGACGACUAUACUCAAUGUGAAGGCAAGGAGUAUCGGGUAGCUUUAUCUGAGGUGGCCAGCAGAGAACCCUGGACACAGUAUAGCUUCAAUGUGUCCAUUCACGCUGCUAUUCGACUCUCUCAGUGGAAGCUGCUGACUGGCAACCCAGGGUGUGACAAGUGGUUCCCUCGGCCCCCCCACAACACAAGCCUGUCGCAGAGUGACCGACUGAAGCCUGUAAUGCUCUUUGACGUAGAGAGAGAUCCUCAGGAGAGAUACGACUUAUCAGAUCGGUUCACUGGUGUGGUGGAUUAUCUCCUCAAUAGACUCAGCCAAUACCAGAAGAGUGCCUUGCCCGUUAACUACCCCAAAUCUGACCCCAGGUGUGACCCGACUUCCAGGGGAGCCUGGGGACCCUGGGCUUAGAUGGAGAAGGCAGUGAUGAGGAAUUAAUGUGGAAUUAAUUUCCACAUUACAGUUACAUUACAGUGAUUACAGUUUAUUACGUCUAAAUCAGAUAGUAUUGCAUCUUUAAUCAAGCAAUAUAAAUCACAUCAUGCUGAUUUAUGUUUUGUGGGAAAUAUAGGGUUGUUGUAUACAAAACAGAAGCAUCGAGGUAAAUGUUACACAUUUAUUAACAUUUUUCAAUCCUUUAAAGCUCUCAUGGGUUCAAAUGAAGUGAUUGCGUAAACUGUGUUUACAACACGUGUUACUGAUUUGUGUCUUCCUCCCUGUGGUUUCAGGUAUUUGCACUUUGUUUUCCUGCUCUUGAGAAGCUGGGGCUCCUUAUUGUGUCAAUCACGAAGCUGCCCAGGAACAAGCAGGCACUAUUUAACCUGGUUAAAAAAACUGUGAUGCCUCUUGAUGGUAUUUUUAUUUGUUUUUAGCUUUUUGACGCUGCUGUCGGCAGGAAAGCAAAAAAAAACAAUAUUUUACAUCCAUACAUCGUUUAAAUACCAAUGUCAGAACCCAUCAGCUUCAGUAUCAUCUGGCAACAAAUUAGCCUUUGGGGGCAAGAGCCAGUCAUUUGGUAUAGAUAGUACAUAUGUGAGCCAAGACUUGUCUUUGCUGUGUCAUGUUCACAGUCAUUGGAGCAGCAAUAGACACGAGAAUGUAUUUGCAGUUCUUUAAAGGGAAUAUUUUCUGUUGGGGUUUUCAGCAUCUGCAUAAAUUAACUUAAUAUUUCUAUUAUUCUAUAAUAAGUAGACAUCGUGUCCUUCUCACGGAUGUGUAGGUUAAGACUCGUCUCACAGGCCACUCGGUUAAAAUGAUGGAUUUUAUUAUAUUUUAAGGUUGUUAUGGAAAUGUUGAUGAAAAAUUGUAUUUCUCUGUUUUCAGAUUUCUUUUAUUUUCAUAAAAUCCGUUCCAGGGUCAGGUCAGCUGAUCUGUCAUUGUCGACUGAACUGUAAAUAAAUGUGAAUGUAAGUAAG